AUGCAGCACAGCCCGGCGCCUGCCGCGCUUGUCACCACCAGCUGUGGAAACGGGUGUUUUCCUAUGCUGGGUGAACGGCGCUCCAAGGAAGCGCGUGUGGUGGCUUUUAUAGAGAAGCAAAUCCAGAACACUCACACGGGGCUGGAUUUGUCGGUGCCGGAUUACCAGGAAGUCCGUGGGAAGAUGAUGUCUGGCCACGUCGAGUAUCACAUUGUCGUCGUUACCCGACUGGCUGCCUUCAAAUCAGCAAAGCACAAGCCUGAGGAUGUGGUGCAGUUUAUGGUUUCCAAGAAGUACAGCGAAAUAGAAGAGCUUUACCACAGGCUGGCAGCACGGUAUCCACAGGCUUCUCUUCCACUUUUGCCUAGAAAAGUUCUCUUUGUGGGGGAAUCUGACAUUUGUGAGCGAAGAGCAGCGUUCAAUGAUAUCAUGAAAUCCAUCUCGAAAGAUGAGCAUCUAGCAACAAGUCCUGAGUUACUGGAAUUCUUAGGAACAAAAUCUACUGGUGUCAUUGACUUCAAGAGUAAAAACAUUCCUGAUGACAAGGACAAAGAAGAUGAAGAAAAUGAAGUAUUGGAUUUCUUCAAAGAGGAGAAGAAACCUGAUGUAAUCUCACAGCUUAUGUCAGUGAAAAAUGCUGAAAAAGGGCACAAAAUAGAAGAGGAAGAGCAGGAAGAAGACGAAGAAGCUUUAGACCCUCUUGGUAUAAUGAGAACUAAAAAAACAAGGAAGGUAUCUGCUUCACCAGCCAAGAAAGAAGAGGAGCCUAAGUUAACCCUUUUUGAAGAGGAAGUUGAUCCAGAGGAAGGACUGUUUGGCCCAGAGAAAGAUUUCUCAUCAGUUGGUACCAGAAAGAAGAUGAAACAAAAUCUGAAACUAUUUGAAGACCCAGACCUUGGUGGGAUGGUAAGACUGGGCGACUCACUACUGCUUCCAGCUGCUGUUGAGAGCAGGGAGUUUGUGCUGAACAGGAGUCCAGAGGAGGACAUUGAGGAACUGCUGAGAGUUGAAGAUGAUAUAGAGAAACUCUUGAAAAUAACCUCCAAACCCAAACCUAAGGUACCACCAAAACCACCUUUACCUCAGAAGCCAGUAGUUUCACCCAGGAAGAACAUGAAUUCAUCACAACUGGCAAAGACAAAGGAAGACAAGAUUCAAACAAUGAACGAAGUGGACAUCCUCCAGUAUAUCCAGGAAAAUGAAUCUAUUGACAAUGAAGAUGCAAGUCUCUUCUGAAUAUACAUAGUUUUAAAAUGUAGUGUUGCCUUCUUGGUCCAAACUCCCACUGAGCUCAAGUGAUGGUAGGAAGAAUUGGCCAGGUCACUUUACUCUCACAGUGUCUGCUUAUGUAUCAUGAUUCAGAGAUCAGCAAGUUUGACUUGCACAAGAAUGACUUGACGCUUUUAAAACAGAGCAACUGUGGUGUAACAUUGCCUUAGAUUUUCAGGGCUUUACAGAGGAUGUGUACAAGGACAUGGCACCAUCAAUUAUGUCUAGUAGAGUCACAUAACAAGUUAUUUUAGUAUCAACAGCACAGUUUGGGGCAGCUUAGUCCUAAUUGAAAACGACAAGCAUGCAGCRCAUGUGGCAAGUAUGGAUAGUGUCCAACAAAUGGUCUGAAGCAGGACAGAGUUCUGUUUCUGCCAUUUUACACAAUAUAUUUCAUCUCACCAGAAAGGUUAUUUUCA